AUGGAAUUUUGGAAGCAAUUGUGUGCUGAACAUGGAAUCAGCCCAGAAGGCACUCUUCAAGAUUUCGCUGUUAAUGGAUCUGACCGCAAGGACGUAUUUUUUUAUCAGGCUGAUGAUGCACACUAUAUUCCCCGAGCAGUUUUACUAGAUUUAGAGCCUCGCGUAAUAAACACUAUCCUUUCAUCAGCAUACGCUCGUUUAUACAACCCGGAAAACGUGUAUCUGUCUAAGCAUGGAGGGGGUGCUGGAAAUAAUUGGGCUCAUGGCUUCACUCAAGGUGAAAAACUUGAGGAGGAGGUCUUUGACAUAAUAGAUCGCGAGGCAGAAGGAAGCGACAGCCUUGAGGUUUUCCCUUGUUCUUUAUUGCAUUUAAUUUUGACUUUCCGAGCAUAA